AGUUAUAAGAAUAAAGUCAGUACAUGCCUAACGCUGGUGUAUCAUUGACACGUCCUUACAUGGCGCAGUCGGGAAAUUAACAUUAAAGUAGAAAACUCUGGAAACAUGGAAAGUAUAUUGACGCCGCCGUCUUCGUUUUGUUUUGACAAAAAUGCAUCGGACGCAAAUAACAUUCAUGACAAAUGGAUCAAGUGGAAAAGAAGUUAUGAAAUAUACAGUAAAGCGUGUGAAAUAAAUAAAAAAUCAUUGGAAAUACAGGUGAACAUUUUAUUGCACGUGGUGGGUGAGCAGUGUCGAGAAAUUUUAGAUCAACUGCCAGAGAAAUGCACGACUGUUGAAAACAUAUGGAAAAAGUUGGAUGAACAAUUCAAAACAAAAAGAAACGUAACGGUUGAACGUCAUAGAUUUUUUAUUCGUGAUCAACGUGACAACGAAACUAUCGAGCAGUAUGUGUUUGAGUUGGGAAAAUUAGCUCAAAAUUGUGAGUUUCGUGAUUUGCACGACGAACUGAUCAAAGAUCGGCUGGUGUGUGGCGUUUCAAGUGCAGCCAUUCGUGAACGGUUAUUAAGAGAGGAUGACCUGUCACUAAAAAAGGCGAUGGAUAUUUGCCGUGCUGCCGUGGCAUCCCGAACCUAUUCGGAGAAGAUUAAGCCUGAAAGAGAAGAUAUGCAUAAUGUUCAUCAAGUAAAACAAAUGCAAAAUCACGUUGCACUUGUAAAGUCGAAGAUAUCAUCGUCACGAGGACAAAUAAGAAGCCAGGUACCCGACGACGCAGCGAAGUUCGAGCGAUGGAGUGGAGGGCGCGGCGAUCGCGCGGAGUCGCGUUGCCAGCGCGCUGUUGGGCCGCGCGAGCGCCCCCUGCCGACCAGAGGCCGUGGCGCGAGCCAGUGGCGUUCGAUUGCGGGUUCGAAUAAUCAGUGUAGUUAUUGUGGAAUAGUGCAUAAAAAGUUUGAGUGCCCAGCCUAUGGCCAAAAGUGUGCGCGGUGUUUAAGGAUGAAUCAUUUUGCCCGGGUUUGUGGGGUGAAUUAUAUUGAGGACUCUGAUGAUAAGAAAUUCGAGCCAGUGGCGAUUGAAUCUAAAGUAUACGGAAAAUUUUAUAAUGGCGACUCUUACAUCGUUUUGAAGACAACAGGCGACAACUCUUCUACCCUCUCCUACGAUCUUCAUUUCUGGUUGGGAAGCAAAACUACGCAGGACAAGAAGGGUGCAGCAGCUAUACUGACGAUAACCCUGGAUGACCAGCUCGGAGGGAGAGCUGUUCAUCACAGAGAGGUUCAAGGACACGAGACCAGCCAUUUCCUGGGGUAUUUCCAGCCUGCUAUCAGAUACCUCGAAGGUGGCAAUGAAUCUGGCUUCAAUGAAGUCGAGACCAACGCUGGCGCUGAGAAACGACUUUUACAACUGUCCGGAUGCGAGAACAUGAGGAUUGAGGAGGUACCAGCGGACUCCUCAUCGCUAACUAAAGACCACUGCUUCAUUUUGGAAGUGGAGCACGACAUAUUCGUGCUGAUGCCGGAAGGCGCAAGGGCGACCCAGAGGCGUAAGAUCAUCAGCAUCGCCAACAGUUUGAGAGAUGACUACCAUAAUGGAAGAGCUUCUAUUGAGAUCAUUGACGAAUUCUCAUCUGAUGAAGAUGUUAACCAGUUCUUCGAGGCACUAGGCUCGGGCUCCAAGGAGGAUCUAAUUGAUGACGACUCCACACAAAUGUACACACGUGAAAAUAUGUCAACCGUGUACUUCUACAAAGUGCUUGUGGGUGAUGAAAUUGACUUGGUGCAGAUUAACAAACCAUUCAGGCAAAGACAUCUUUCUUCUGAGGAUGUAUUCAUCUUGGAUACGCCAUGUUCUGGAGUGUAUGUCUGGCUGGGUAAAGACGUGGAUCCUGAGGUGAAGCGAAGCUAUAACAAUAUCGCGCAGCAGUAUUUGGACGUCAAGGGCUAUCCCGCUUGGGUGCCAGUUACCAGGGUAUCAGAGGGUUCAGAGAGCUGCACCUUCAAGCAGUACUUCCACAACUGGGACUCCGUUAAACCUGCAACAACUGGAUCUGUUAAAUCGAUUGCUGCUCAAAUUGAAGCUGGAUUGUUCUCCGGAGAUUCCGAUGACGAGAGCGAGGCGUUUGCGAAGUUCGUGGGUAAAAGCGCUUCUGCAAGAGGCUAUAUGCCUGAUGAAGGUGCCGGAGAGCUUAAAGUCUUCAGGGCUUCAGAAGAACCAGAGGAUAUAACGGAGAGUGUAGCGGAAUCACCCAAGCUUUACCAGAGUGAUGUUUAUGUAGUAAAGUACCAGUACAAGGAUGAAAACGAUGAGGAAGCGACCGUUGUUUACUUGUGGAUAGGUAACACUGCAGAUGAUGACAGCAAGCAAGCUGGUGUAAAACUCGCCGGCGAGCUCGAAGAGGAACUGGAAGGCUACGCAACCAUUGUGAAAAUUCCACAAGGGAAGGAGACCAAGCACUUUUUGAGCAUAUUUAAAGGAAACCUCAUGAUAUUGUGUGGAAGCAAAGACGAUGAAUACAAAACUGAAAACUUCAAGAAGUCCUAUGAUGAAACGGGUGUUCGUCUGUUCAAGGUUGAAGGCACGAAACUAGGAGUCGACAUGCGGGCAAUUCAAAUGCAAGAGACAGCGGACUCUUUAGAGGAAGAUGACAUCUUCAUACUUGAGACCCCAAGCGCUGUUUACGUAUGGAGUGGAAAGGAAUCUAGUGAACAAGAGCAGGAAGCUGCCAAGACCGCAGUUACCUCGUUAGUUGGUGAUGACAAAGAGGUGAUAGAAAUUAACCAAGGUGAAGAGCCUGAGGAAUUUUGGGAAGUUCUAGGAGGACAACCAGAAGAAAAUGUGGAACCUUCAGGGUGGAAAUUUAACGCCAACCGUCGGGUUACCACCCCGCUGUCUCUCACAGCUGUAUCAGUGCGACCUUCGGGCAAGAUCAAGUACGAGGAGCUACCGCCUGGAUUCACUCAAAAGGAUCUAUCAGACGAUGGAGCCUUUAUUCUGGAUGGCGGGGAAGAACUGUAUUUAUGGCUGGGCACGAAUAUUCCAGAGCGUGUCAAGGCUGCUAGACUCCAAAUAAUUGGGGAGUACAUAGAAGACGACGGACUAGAGCGAACGGUGGACUCUGCAAUCGUAGUGACACUGAAACAAGGACGUGAGCCCGCCAUCUUUAAACAGCUGUUCCCCGAGUGGGAAGAUGACUUGUGGGAGAAUCAAGCCUCCUACGAAGAUAUCAAAAAUGAAACCAAAGCAGCUAAUUCAAAGUGAAAAAAAAAACAUUCAUUUUAUAAAAUGAAAUCAACUUUUGAA